UACCAUGGCGACAACACACAACACAACAUUCACCGCCACACUCCACUCAUAACAAACGCAUCAUGCUUUGGGAGGACAGAGAUGUUCGCUUCGAUAUUACCCCCCAACAGAUGAAGAUGAGGUCCGGGGAGAACGUGAUAGACAAGCUGGACGCCAUCGAGGACACCAAAGGGAACUCGGGUGACCGUGGCCGCCUCAUUAUCACAAACCUCAGGCUCAUCUGGCACUCCCAGUCCAUGCCGCGCGUCUCACUCUCUGUUGGCUUCAACUGUAUCAUAAACAUCACGACAAAAACAGUUAAUUCUAAACUUCGCGGGUUGACUGAAGCUUUGUACAUCCUGACCAAAGCCAACAACACCCGCUUUGAGUUCAUCUUCACGAACCUCGUCCCAGGAACUCCGCGGCUGUUUACCUCCGUCAUGGGCGUGUACAAGGCAUACAACUCCUCAAAGAUGUAUCGGGAACUGAAGUUACGAGGGGCCAUCAUCCAGAGCAAGCAGCUCAGAAUCUUACCUCAGGAGCAAAUCUUUUCCCGGGUGAAUGGUGUGUGGAACCUGUCCAGUGACCAGGGCAACUUGGGAACAUUUGUCAUCACCAAUGUACGUCUGGUGUGGUUUGCCAACAUGAAUGAGCUAUUCAACAUAUCUCUGCCAUACCUGCAAAUUGCAUCUGUCAAAGUUCGUGAGUCUAAAUUUGGGAUGGCGCUAGUUGUGGAAAGCUCUGAGGCAAGUGGAGGCUAUGUGCUUGGGUUCAGGAUUGACCCAGUGGAGAAGCUCCAUGAGGUGCACAAGGAGAUCUCAGCCCUGUACACUGUGUAUUCUCAGUGUCCUGUGUUUGGUGUGGAGUUCAUUCUCCAGGACAAGGACCCAAGAGGUCUGGAGGAUAUGAACAUGAACAAUGUGCCACGGGCCUUUUUACUUGCUGGUGCAGGCCAGCCACAGACAGAUGAAGACCGUUUGGAUUUGCCUGAGAUGGACGAGGAAGAAAUUGACGAGAGUGUAAGUGAUGCAGGUGACGUGUUAGCAGCCUACCUUGCUGAUGGUCACCACAACGAUCUAGAACCAGUGUUCAGUGCUGAGUUGGGGCUGGCUGUGGAAAAGCUUAAGGAUGGUUACACAUUGCAGACACUCUGGGAAGUCAUCCCAAGCUGAGGUUCUGAUGAGUUAUUGAUGUUGGUUUACCUGAAAUUUUAAAUUUAAAUUUACUUUGAUUCUUCACAGCUGUUAUGAACAAGUUUCUGUAAAUUCUCAAAUCUGUUAGUUUUGUCAGGAUCUUGAAAAUCUUCCCUCCUGUGUAAUCAAACUAUUCAAAUAUACAGGUUUUGUGGCUUUUAUGCAAACUUGCAUUUCUUUUUUAUGUGAAGGAGGGGCACCAGCCAUGGGUAACAAAAUUAUAUAAAAAAAGAAAAAAGGCCCACUGAGGUGUCGGUCCCUAAACAGUCAAAAGCAGUCAUCAAAAAUUAAAGGAUGUGUCUUGAAACCUUCCUCUUAAAAGUCAUAGGAAGGAUGAAAUUCAGAAGCAGGAAGGGGGUUUGGUGGAAUCCAAAACAUAAUUAACAAAUAUCAAAAUGAAGCACAUUUUUAGUUCAGAUUAAUACACUAAUAAAACAAACUGGACAUGCAAGCAAGUUUGUAGAAUACUUUACACUACUAGGGUUUGAAAUGACAUCCUAUUGUGCUUACGAUAGUGGCACGUUGAUUUGAGUGAAACCCCAUUUAUCUAGUCACAGAUGACUCUGAUAGCUCAGUUGUAUGGAGAACUAUGCUUACAAAUUUAAAAAUUAGUCUGCCUGCCUGAUUCUUAUGCAUGCUGAUUCUCAGGUAUGUUUGCUAGAUUUGACAAAUUAUCAACCUUACCAUCCACAUUGUCUUCCCAGGUGCACACCAUCAAACUUGGCUUGGGAUAAAAGAUAUUUUCAGUGUUUCUCUGUUGAAUUGGUCUUGAAUCUACCAGGAUACCACCAACACCUAUAAUUCUUAGAAGAAAGAAGAAGGCAUGCAACUUUGACAGUGCAAAAUUGUAACUUCAAUGGCAUAGGCAUGUCUGCUGACUGAAAUGACUUUCUUUAAAAGAACAUGAUGCUCUUCUGUUUCUUAUAAAGGCAAGUAAGAAGUGGAUUGUGAAGAAUCUGUAAUUUUAAAAUUUCCAUUCCUACUGAGAAAAGGUGGGACAUCUUGGUUAUCCCCUUUCACAACUCUAUCAGCUUAAUAUGUAUGUAAAUAGCUGGGACUUUCACAUACAUCAAAAAAAUUACAAAGAAAUGUGUUAAACAUGACAAAUAAAACAAAGUCUGAAAA